AAGUAUUUCUAUAACUUGACUUCCAUCAACUGACCAAAGCAAGAAGAAUCUUUACGCAGAGAGGAUCAUAUGGAGAAUUGCAGCUUAGAUCUCUGCCUAUCUUCAGUGACUUCUUCACUUCAAUCUUGUCGCCGAGAUUCCAAGGUUAGUCAAUCUUUAGCCACGAGAACUAAGGAGAUCAAUGCAUUCUAUAGUGGGAGAGUACGAGAAUACGAUCUCGUAGAGAUCCAGAUAAGGGCGGUAAUAGAGAUGGCGAGCAAGGAGCGUGACAUAACGGCGUUAGAGUUAGCACCGGUUAGACUAGAAUCGCCGUUAGUGUUUUCGGUGAAGAGAUCAGUGGAGAGGUUUUUGGAGAAGAGAAAGAAGAGAAGCAAAUAUGUUGCUACACCUUACAGUUACACUUGCAGCUCCACGUCUUCCUCCUCUUCCCAUCAUUUCUAAAACCCCUCUUAUUUUUGUCAUUUUUCCGUAUACUCAACGAUGAACUUCGAGUUUUUUUUUCAAUCUUGUUUUUAAAUCAAGAUGUUUCAUUUGUAUAAAACUCGGAUCAUUUGGAUCGCUUGUAUCUAUAAUAGCAUAUCAUUUAGCAAAAUACGAAAAUGCACACUUUUAGCAAACAAAUUAUUAUUAAUGAGAGAAUGCGAAAAUGAAGCUAGGCGGAUACACCAGCGAGUAGCACUAACAGAGUAUAUAACUAGCAUAGUGAACUUGCAGAUUACACGUCGUUCACCAUCUGCGCUUAGUCAUUCACCAUUACAGAAACUUUGUCGUAUUGUAUCAGUAUAAGAAACGAGAAAGUCAUUUCUAAUAAGAUAGGUACUUUCAAGAUUCUGUAUAUGCCAAACAAUACUUGGUAAAACCAAAGAAAAAUACUAAACCAGCUCUAUAUAAAGUGUACACUCAACUCCCAUCACAAAAAAAAGUAAGAGAGGAGCACAUAAAACGAAAUUUUGUAACAACCAAGCGAGAGAGGCAACAAUAUUAAGUAAGAAAGAAAGAGAUGGAUCCAAGAGUUUUCAAAAGAGGACUUUAUGGGAAACAUGUCAGAAAAACAAACUUCUAACUCCUUUUCCCAGAGCUGCUUCCACAACCUAAAACCUGUUAAAUCCAAGAGAUGGCUAGCGCCUAAUCCUGCUCUAGCUCCAAUCUCACCGGAUAAAGGGGUUCAUCAUCAUUCUACACACAAGUACUAAUAUCAUUCCCCUAACAAUAUGGAGUUUUCAACAUAAAGAGAGCAACAACAUAUAGCUCCCUACUCCAUGUUUCACAUUCUUUCCCAUCAUCAUUAAUACACAAACCAAGCAGAGUUUGCAUUUGUCCACCAUAUAAUAACACAAUAAAAAAGAGUUCAAAGUUAAAAAAAAAAAAA